AUGUCUGGCAUCGAGAUCAUCGGCGUCGUGUUGGGCGCUAUCCCACUGGUAAUUUCCGGGUUCGAGCACUAUGCUGAUGGAGUAAGAACCAUCAAAGUUAUUUGCGGAGCCUCCAGAGAGUUCAAAGCACUGUCAAGAAAGCUUGGCGCUGAGGAGGUGCUGUAUCGCAACACCUUGGAGUUGCUGUUGAGCGACUGCUUAGAUCUGCAGAAGCACAAUGAGUUGACGAGGGAGCCUGACGGUGUUGCAUGGGAGGAUUUGGAGGUGAAAGCGGCCUUGCAAGGGAGAUUGCAAGAAGCCUACGACUCGUUCAUUGAGCACGUUCGCAGUGUCGCAGAAGCACUCGAUGAAAUCAAGGGACGUCUGCAGAUCGGGCCGUCAGGAAAGGGCCCGUUCAACGAUGCGAAGUCGUUCAAGCAAGCGUACAGGCGGUUUCACUUCGCACUGCAGAAGUCAGCGUACAUCGAGUUUAUCAACAGCAUUAAGGAUGACAAUACACAUCUGAAGAGGCUCACGCAGCAAAGCCAAGCCAUCAACCAGGUACGCCAGUCUCGGCGCAUGCCCGACUACGAUCAGAGCAGGCUCCAUGCAAGUGGCGUGUACGAUAUAUUGCAGCAUGGCCUUCAGGUCUCGUGUGCCACGCCACACAAGGCCAGCAUUUAUCUGCAGCCUGCAGUGGUGGGAAAGUUCCAGCUCGCGCAAAGGGAUGCCAUCGAUACUUUCCGGAUAGUGCUACAUCAUGAUGCGCCUUCCUCGGCACAGAAGGCGCCAGCUUGGUACGUACAGGAAGCAGAGAUGCGGCUUCUCGAUGUCAUGGCAGCAGCAGGGGCCCCGAUCGCACCAAGUUGCAACAUACCGGGCUCGAAUCGCAAGCGUAAAGUCCAGUUCCAGGAGCCCGCGAGAUCGUUGUCGAAGCCAGAACCAGUAACUGCACUGCAGCAGAAGAAUGUUGCCGAAAUCCAGGACUUGUGUAAUAGCAUCCAUACACUAAAGUCACAACAGUGUGGUAUCUGCCUCGGGUACCUGGUCGGUUCUGCAAACAGCCAUAGGCAUGGCCUGUACUGGCCGAAGGACCGACUCGUCGAUCAAGCAUCGUUCAGCGUGUGCACGCUGGCCAGCAUCUUGAAAGAGCCCUCCUGUACGCGUCGAAAGUUGAACAGCGCAGAUGCGCACAGACUAGCCAUACCGCUGGCAUCUGGUAUGCUGAGGCUGCACGACACUCCAUGGCUGAGUCCUGGAUGGAGCAAACAAGACAUUAGCUUGAUCCGCCACAAUGGCAAGAUUCUAUCUGAGCAUGCGUUCAUCUCGCAGAACAUGAGCCUUCCAAAGACUACACCACCACCGAGCAGUACAUCGACGGACAAGGUAGCCUCAUUGCUGAUCAGGAACCCAACGUUGUUCGCCUUGGGCAUAAUUCUCAUCGAGCUCUGCAUGGGCAAGUCCAUCGAUGAGCUCCACGAGGCGGAUGAACUGGACGCUAAUGGCUCGAAGAAUGCAUUAUCCGAAUAUAGAACAGCCGACCGACUGAUCCAGAUGGAAGAGAUAAGCGAUCGACUCGGAAGUCGGUGGAAUGAUGUCGUCCGGCGGUGCAUCUAUUGCGAUCUGAACCAGUCCAAAGUGUCGUUGCAAGACAGGAGCUUUCAGCAGGCAGUACACAGCGACAUUGUUGGGGAGCUGGAGGAAAGUUAUCGACAAUUCUUUCACCUAUGA